GACGCCUCUACAGCAGUACACCGCCCCAGCCCGUCGGUGCCCCGCAGCCAAUCGAACCAAUCUCAGCAACCACCCCUUCUAUUCUCCGGAACGGUCGCCGAUCGACCGUCGGGUCUAUCGGACAUUCGCACAGGGGGGGGGGCACUUAGCAACGUUUGCGUCAAAGCCAGUCAAACCACAACCCGCCGCACAAAAAGUUACCAAGCCAAACCCUGCAAGGUCUACAGCUACCUUCGUUGAUCCCUGCUGCUGCCGCAAUGGCGACCCGCGCUCAGUUCGAGAACUCCAACGAGAUCGGCGUGUUCUCCAAGCUCACCAACAGCUACGCGCUCUGCUCCAUCGGCGGCAGCGAGAACUUCUACAGCGUCUUCGAGUCGGAGCUGGCGGAUCAUAUUCCAGUGGUUCACACCAGCAUAGCGGGGUGCCGCUUUGUGGGGCGGGUGUGCGUAGGUGAGGAGUGAGGAAGGCUGCU